AAUCUGCUCUGCUACUCAGUUUGUUUCUAUAUAUUUGAAAACCCACUGACAUUCAACAGUUUUUUUUGCAGAGUCAUUUUGUUGCUAUUAAAUGCUGCCAUCAUGUUUCUGCAAUCUUAAAUCUCAAGUCUGAACUGAACCUAUCUAUUGGUUUCUUUCAUUAAUCAUUGAUGACUGGUUGCUGUCUAAUCUCCCAGUCAAAGUUUUAACAGUUGGGAAGUUCUCAUUUUGUGAUUCUAGUACUGGGUUUCUGGCGAUUUCCCAGCUUGAGGGCGUUUCAGGAGCCAUUGAAGGUGUUAAGCGUGAAUAAAAGCUCGAAACGUUUUCAUCUUCUAGAUUAUUGUACCUCGCAAUGGAAAAAAAGAAAUGGUUGUGGAAGAGGAAGUCUUCUGACAAAAGCACGGGCGAAACUGAGAGUUCAGGUUCGAUAUCUUCGCAUUCAGAGAGAUACUCUGAUGAUCAGGAGACAUUCAAGUCAUCUCCUAAUGAUAAUACUCAAUCACCUGAAGUCACAUCAAAAGCUGUGGCAAGUGCCGAAGAUGUUGAUGAUGGUUCAUCAAAGAAAGAUGUUAAUGAUAGUGUGAAAAGCCUGAUGGAGAAGUUGUCCGCAGCUCUUGUGAAUGUUAGUGCCAAAGAUGACUUGGCGAGGCAGCAUGCCAAAGUUGCAGAGGAAGCUGUUGCAGGUUGGGAGAAGGCUGAAAAUGAAGUGGUUGUUCUAAAGCAACAAUUUGAGUCUGCAGUUCAGCAAAACUUGGUGCUUGAAGAUCGGGUAAGCCAUCUUGAUGGGGCUAUCAAAGAGCUUGUUCGGCAGCUAAGACAAUCAAGAGAGGAGCACGAACAAAAGAUCGAUGAAGCUGUGGUGAAGAAAACCCGUGAGUGGGAAACCACUAGACUCAAACUUGAGAACCAGAUUCUUGAGCUCCAGAGCAAAGCAGAAGCUGCUGAAUCUGAUUCUCCUGCCAAUGCUGAUCCUGAACUUUGCCAUAGAAUUGAAUAUUUAGAGAGAGAGAACUCAGCUCUCAAACUUGAGCUCCAAUCUCAAUCUGAAGAGUUGGAAAUCCGGACAAUUGAGAGAGACUUGAGUACCCAAGCAGCUGAGAUGGCCAGCAAGCAACAUUUGGAGAGCAUAAAGAAGGUGGCCAAGCUUGAGGCUGAGUGCCGGAGGCUAAAAUCAAUGGCUUCCAAAUCAUCCCCGGUUACUGAUCAUAAAUCUGUUACUGCCUCCUCAAUUUGUGUUGAAUCUCUCACAGAUAGUCAAUCAGAGAGCGAGGAGAGGCUUAGCUUGGGAGAGGUUAAUACCCGCAAGAUGAGUAGCUCAGAGCCAAACAAGUGUGAGUCUAGUUGCUCUGACACAUGGGCGUCUGCCCUAAUUGCAGAGCUUGAUCAAUUCAAAAAUGAGAAGGCUGUUAAAAGGAAUCUCCCAGCCUCUUCUGUGCAUAUCGAUCUUAUGGAUGAUUUUCUUGAAAUGGAACGACUUGCUGCACUGCCUGAAACCAAGAAUGGAAGCCAUUGCCUUGCAUCAGAGGUUUCCAAUCAAACCAAUAAUGUAGAAAGUUCCCUGAGAACCGAGCUUGGAACCAUGAGUCGUCGGAUAGCUGAAUUAGAAGAGACAUUAGAAAAGAUGGAAGCACAGAAAACUGAACUGGAGAUUGCUCUAAUUACUAGUCAAGACUGUAUUGAGACAUCUCAACUUCAGAUGAAGGAGGCAGAAAUGAAGUUGGAGGAGUUGCAAAGAGAGCUAAAUAUUGCAAAAGAAAAAAAGCAAGUUGUUGAUUCUAGACUCUCUAGCAUGGAAGCAGAAGCCACGACCAUGGCUGCCAAAGUUGAAUGUUUAGAAGUGGAGGUUCAAAAAGAGAAGGCUUUGUCAGCAGAAAUUGCAGGUAAGUGUCGGAAAUUAGAAGAAGAGCUAUCAAGAAAGAGGCAGGAAAUUGAACUUCAGAAAACUGCAAGCUCAAAUGGUGAAUUUAAGAUAAAGGAGGAGGAUCUAGCUGUGGCUGCUGGAAAACUUGCAGAGUGCCAGAAAACGAUAGCGUCUCUUGGGAAUCAACUGAAAUCUCUAGCGACACUGGAAGACUUCUUGAUUGACACUCCCAACCUACCAGAGAUAUCUGCAGCCACACCACUGAUUCCCAAAGCGGAUGGAGAACCGUGGAAGUUGCAUUCUAAUGAAACAUAUUCACCUAAAAGAGUAGUUGCCGACUCUUCAAAAAUUGCUGAUGAAAGUUCUGGUCCUUUAACAAAGAAAACUGAAGAGAACUCACCCCCAUCUUCCUCUUCAUCUGCUGCAUUGUCAAAUCAUGUCAGCUCUGAGAAGAAUCGAAACGGGUUUGCGAAAUUUUUCUCUCGCACCAAGAGUGGGGUACGACUAGAAAUUUAGUGAGGAUAUACAAAACAAGGUGUAAUUGGUUUCUCAGUUGUAGAGAGUUGAGAGCUUAGGAUUCUUUUCCAUUUGAAAGCUGCUGAUUACAUUGCUGAUUAAUCAGCGGCAAAAGAAUUAGUUUGAUUUUGUUUCACAUGAGCAGGGUUCUAUGAAAUCUGAAAUUUCAAACAAUUCCUCUGGUUAUGUUCACUUA